GCAUAAAAGGGCCCCGCGGCCGCCGCCGCCGCCCCGCGCCGCGCUCGGCCAUGGCCAAGGACCAGCUGAGGCCGCGGCUGUGCCACAUGCUGAAGGGCGAGAGCGGCUACGGCUUCCACCUGCACGGCGAGAAGGGCAAGAGCGGGCAGUUCAUCCGCAAGGUGGAGCCGGGCUCGCCGGCCGAGGCGGCGGGGCUGCGCGCCGGCGACCGCGUCGUCGCCGUCAACGGCCUCAACGUGGAGCAGGAGACGCACCACCAGGUGGUGCAACGCAUCAAGGCCGUGGAGACGGAGACCCGCUUGCUCGUGGUGGACAAGGAGACGGAUGAAUACCUGUGCAGCCUGCGGCUGACGUGCACAGAGGAGAUGGCGCACGGCGGCAUCCUGCUCGGCUCCGGCACGUCGCCCACCAAGGCGCCGGGCAGCGACAACGGGGAGGUCUGGAAGCCGCAGCUGGAUCUGAGCGGGGGCAGCCUGCCGCGGCACUCGCACAGCUUCUCCUCGCACGGCAGCAAGAAGGAUUUAAACGGACAGAGAGAGCUGUGUCCACGUCUCUGCCACCUCAAGAAAGGCCCCAACGGCUACGGCUUCAACCUGCACAGCGAAAAAUCCAGGCCGGGGCAGUUCAUCCGCUCGGUUGAUCCGGAUUCGCCAGCCUCCAAAGCAGGCCUGCGGCCCCAGGACAGGCUCGUGGAGGUGAACGGCGUAAACGUGGAAGGCCUGAGGCACUCGGAGGUUGUGUCUCACAUCAAGUCCAGAGAGAACGAGGCCAGGCUCCUGGUGGUGGACCCCGAAACGGAUGAUUACUUCAAGAAGCUGGGGGUGACCCCCACGGAAGAGCACAGCAAAGGUGUGGUACCUCAGCCCAUCACAAACGGAUCUGCGCAGACUCAGCUGAAUGGAGGAUCCACAUCUUCAUCUCACAGUGAUCUUCAAAGUCCUGGGAAAGAAUCAGAGGAUGGAGAAUCUGAAAAGAGAGACCCGUUUGAGGAGAGCGGGCUGAGCCUGAGCCCAACGGCUGCAGAGGCCAAGGAGAAGGUGCGUGCCAAGCGGGUGAAGAAGAGGGCUCCGCAGAUGGACUGGAACAAGAAACGAGAGAUUUUCAGCAACUUCUGAGCCUUGUUAGCGGCUCCUUUCUUCCCUGUCUCCUCUUCCUGCACUUGGCUCUCCCUGGCCCGGACAUUUCUGAGGUGCCUAGGCCCAGUCUUCAGUGUCCACGUGAGAUGCUUUGUGCUCUGCUCUUCACUGGUUGCUUUUACGAGGCAUAUUUUAAAGUCCCUUUUUUAUUAUUAUUAUUGUUACUCACCAGCGAUUCUUGUAAGAUGAAUGUGACCAAAGCUCCUUUUCUUGCUUGCUCUGGCUGCCUGCAGUCCCCUGUCCCCACUGAGAAAGGACUGGAAGAGAUUAACUCUUUGUAUCUUACCUGCAUAAUUUAGGCUUUUAUUACUUUGUUUGUUUUGUUUUUGCGAGUGUCCCAGACUGAGCCCCAUGGGAUGCUCUGUGUCCCUGUGCAAAUGUCUUAUGUCCUCAUGUCCCUUGCUGUGGGCAAGGGAGACCAGAGAAGAGGUUCGGAUGUAGGUGACCACCCCCUCCCUCGCACCCUGUCUGCAGCACUAACUUUUCACAUCAUGGGAAAAUGGACAGUGGCUGUAAAUUGCUCAUGUUGGAUUUGCUAUUGAAAUGAAAAAGGGUUUUUUGUUCUGUUUUAAAUGAAGUCCCAUAUGUUUUUAGUUAGUGCAGGAACCUCCCUCCUCACCAGCGCCUUCUACCAAGGCAAUAAAAGCCCCUUUCUCGUCCCCUCCCCCUCCCCUCCGGACAGCUCUGCAGAGAAGAGAUGGCAGGAUUUAAAAGCAAAACACAGCCCAGCAGCCCAAAUGCCACAGGCCUCAUGAUUUGCAUAAUCAAAUGCAGCAAUGACUGGCAUGGGGAAGGGAGGGGAACGAGGUGAAGCCGUCCCCGCUCAGGGUAGCAGCGACUCCGUAGUACUCCCGGCAGCGCGAGGAUCUGUCUUGGCAGCCCGGCUUAGAAGGCCUUGCAAGAGGACAAAAGCCAUGAGAUGCUACAAACUCUGCUCUUCAGACAGACUUGAAAAGAGCACAAGCGAGCAUCUGCUGGCAGCUAGGAGCGUGUGCCGUGGGGAUCCAGCUCCAGCAGCAGGCUUGAUGCUCCCCAACGCGGGGCUCGGCUCCUCCGCGCACGGGCGCCACGUCCCAGAACAGAGCCCAGCUCCCACCUGGCUUGUUACUUCUGACCUGGUAUUUAAAACCUUCCUCUCUCCCUGCUUCUGCUGCUCUCCAUCCAUGUUUCCAGUCUGUAAGCGUAACUGCACCUCUCUUCUGUCGUGUUGAUGCGGGAGGAGUGAGGGGACAUGGGCUCGGCCUCCGGAGCAGUGGGUGCUGAGGGGGUCUCUGCAGGGCUGGCUGUGAAGCAGGCAGCAGUUUGAUGUAGUGGGCAACUGCUCUGGCUUCCUAUGCCCUCCUUUGUAAACACCCUGUUCUCAGCAUUAGAUCCUUAAAACACAUCUUUAAAGCAUUACUGAUUAAGCUAGUUUAAGCUCUCUACUACUUUCCUUUGGCUGUAAAUGAGGGAAGAUGACUAAGAUGGGAUAGAACACUAACAGCUUCCUGACAGAGAUGUUUGACCAGGGAAGGGUCCAGGCCACGAAGAGCUAGAGGGUUCCUCUUCCCUCUUACCAAGCUGUGACAAUUCCCCAAGCCCAGCUCUUGUGGCUGCUGUGUAUUUCAGAUCACAUUUCAAAGCAGCACUUGGAAGGGACUGGACACAGUGGGGCACAGUCAAGUACAAAACCACUUUUCCCUGCUAAAUGCAAAUGGUGGCGAUAGCAUGGGAGCCGAGGACUGUUCUGAACGCAACGUCUGGCUCAGGCUGUUGUUGCCCUGUGUUACUCUCCAGAGCUGCUGAAUUGCAAAUGAGUGGCCUUUGGUUUAGUCAGAGCACUAGGGAUAUUGUUAAGGUUCUGUGUAUAUUUCAUAAAUAUUGAGCUAAAAGGUGCCUUAUAACAUUUACUGCUCUCCUCAGCAGCUUAACCCGCCUUGGCACAGCGUGAGAGGGGCUGAGGGCAGCAGCGGAGUCCAGGGUGUUGGGCUUCGCUGGGGGGAGCAGCUGAUGCGCGUGGCUGUUACCUAGCUGCUGACAGAGCAUGGAAACCCUCAGGGGCUGAAGGACAUGAUUUCUCUGUUAUGAAAAUGCAGAAGGUUGAAUGGAUGAACAGGUUUAAAAGUGAUUUUGGAGAGGAACUGGUGCAGGUGUUUGGCUAUUGGUGAUGAGACUGGGAGCAGGACGAUGGAUCAGGAUGCGGGGAGGUUUACCUCCCUUCUGGUACUCCGCUGUUAACACGAUGCCUCUUUUCUACUACACUUCAAAGACAAUUAGUUCCUUUCCUGUUGGUCACAAAAACCAUUUGCUUCCAAAUACGUAAUCUACUGAAGAAUCUCUACAUUUUCAUGGUACGCAUGUUACUUUCUGUGCCUGCAGAGCCAAACCUCAGACAGCGUUACCAUCUGCAAAGGGCACAAUGUUCCCCAUUACAUUAUGAAGUAACCGUCACAAGCCAUGAUGUAUGUCAGAAGGCAAAGAAGUGUUUGUAAAUACUACACUUCUCAUACAAAACUAGACCCGUGUAGUGGAGGGGGAAAAAAGUACAUGUGGUUUUGAACGCAGAUCAAAAGAAAUCAGGUGUGCGAGUAUGUACUGAUGAGGUUUUAAAAUCUUAGUCUCUGCUUAGUCCAUGGAAACUGCUCCUGGUUAAAGCACUUACAUUGCUGACAUCUUGUAGCGUGGUAGUAAUUAUUCAGUUCCUUUACAUUUAACUUGGAAAAAAGAAAUCAAUCAAGUGUAAGGCUGUUAGCUGCAUUGUAAAAACAUAAUGUACACUGUAAUGUCAGUAAUAAACUUGGUUUUGCCAUGUACAA